GAUUGUAUAAUAAGAUAAAUACUAGCCAGACAAGGACCAAAAAAAACAACCCAGAGGUGCGCAGAGAGAGAUUGGUCUGAUUGCUCUGAUUAUACUAUACACACAUAUACAUACACCAUCAGUACACAUAUAGAGGUCGAGUACUCGAAAUCGAAUUAAAGAAGAAGAAGAAGAAGAAGAAGAGAGCUGUGAAUUGAGAGAGAGAGAGAGAUGGCGAUGCGAGACCUUGUGACUGGUGGUGCGGCUUGUGCUGUUCCUGGCUCAUCUUCUUCCUCAAACCCCUUCGGUGCUUUAGCCAACAAAAUUAUCGGUUCUUCUACCAACCAGUUGGAAAGGCUGAAGGAGAUUCCUACGCUAACAACCACGACUCCUGAUGGUAGUUUUUACCCGGGAGCUAAUGAGCCAUUAACUAUGCUCCCGGGAUCAGACUUUGAUCAUCAGAUGCAGCCUAAUGGCCAGGUCGCACAAUUUUUCCAGCGCUUCCGCCCUGCAGAUGAGGGUAGACUUGAUGGUGUUUGGGAUGAGAUGCACAAUCCUCAACCAGACAGUCUGAGCAACUUGCCUGUGAUGGUGCACCCAAUAGGAGUUAAUACUCGGCCUCAAUCAGAUUUGGAAGGGCCACCACAAAGAGUGUUGUCAAGUUUUCUGCAUUCAUUUGUUAAUAGCGGCCGAGGUGGUAUUCCAUUACAUCCUACUCCACUCCCAGUAUUGGGGUUGUCUGAAGGUGACAAGAAAUGCAUACGUGAUCGCAGCAGCAUCAUGGCUCGGCACAUUUUUGCUGAUAAGAGUGAAGACUUCAUCAAUUCACAGGUAAAUGCAUUAUUAUCUUCUUUGGACAUUGAUAAUGAUAUUCGGGCAAGGGGGCCUCUGCCUGGGAGAUUUCAUGAGCUGGACGAGUAUUGGAAUGAGUCUCAAGGUAUGCUGAAACCUGGGCCUCUUCCUGCAGAUGGUUGGGUUGCUGAAUAUGCGCAACACAGAGUACAACAUGGUGACCCUAAUGCUUGGGCUCAGUCAUUUGAACGACAGCAUGGUGCUAAUGGUUGGGCUUCUGAAUUUGAGCAUGAACAAUCUCAGAUUGCAUCAUUAAAUCCAAUGGGAGGUGCAAAUAUCUCAAACUUAGCUGCCAUGGAGCAGACUCGUAUGCUAGCACACACAUUAGCUCAGAAUAAUGACCCUAAAUUCCAGAAUUCAAAGUUUCUUCAAUUUGUGUCGAAGAUGAGUCGUGGUGAAAUUUUUAUUGAGGAUAAUCAAGUCAAGCCAACUGCAGUAUCUGCACCUGGGGAUUGGGCAACAGAAUAUCAACAGCAGCAUGAUGGAGGUCAUGCAUGGGCUGACCAGUUCGUGCAUGAUAAGCUUUCUCAUGGACCAGAUGGGUGGGCAAAUGAGUUUGCUGCUGAACGUGAGCUACAUGGGUCAAUCGAUGAUCAGUGGGUCAAUGAAUUUUCGAAGUUGAAUGUUCAGGACUGGGCGGACGAAUUUGGGCGUCAGGUCGGCGAAGGGGCAUUGGGGGAGAGUUCUACUGAUAACUGGGCAAAUGCAUACGAUGAUUACUUGAACGAACAAGUAGCUUCCAAGCAACGAUCAGACACUUCGAGGGGGGUCUAUGAGUUCUCUGAUAUGAAUCCUUAUGUUGGUCGCCCCAAUCCAUUGAAAGAAGGUCAGGAGCUGUUUCGCAAAGGGCUUUUGAGUGAAGCUGUACUUGCUUUUGAGGCUGAAGUUCUUAAAAACCCUGACAAUGCUGAAGGUUGGAGGUUACUUGGAAUGGCCCAUGCUGAGAAUGACGAUGACCAACAGGCUAUUGCAGCCAUGAUGCGUGCACAGGAGGUUGAUCCAACAAACCUGGAAGUGCUUCUUGCUCUCGGCGUGAGUCAUACGAAUGAGUUGGAACAACCAGCUGCAUUGAAGUACUUGUAUAGUUGGCUACGCCAUCAUCCAAAGUAUGGGACGCUUGCCCAACCAGAGAUGUCUGAUUCUCUGUAUUAUGCGGAUGUUGCUAGAUUAUUCAAUGAUGCUGCGCAAAUGUCACCCGAGGAUGCGGAUGUACACAUAGUACUUGGUGUAUUGUUUAACUUAUCCAGAGAAUAUGACAAAGCCAUUGCAUCCUUUAAGACUGCUCUGGUACUCAAGCCACGAGAUUACUCUCUUUGGAACAAGCUCGGUGCAACACAAGCUAACAGUGUUCAGAGUGCUGAUGCAAUAGAGGCUUAUCAACAGGCACUAGAUUUGAAGCCUAAUUAUGUUCGUGCAUGGGCUAACAUGGGUAUCAGUUAUGCCAAUCAGGGUAUGUAUGAAGAGUCCAUCCGUUACUAUGUCCGUGCUCUUGCAAUGAAUCCAAAGGCAGAUAAUGCCUGGCAAUAUUUGAGAAUUUCUCUAAGCUGUGCUUCUCGGGAUGACAUGGUGAAAGCUUGUGACUCCCGGAAUCUUGAUAUUCUCCAGAAAGAGUUCCCACUUUGAUCUGCAUUCAUUUGUUUGGGAUAUUGAUGAAUAAUAGGCUCUGCUUUUGAGAUCUGGUCCGGGUUUGCUGCACCUUGAAUCUUGAUCCCUCACUGGAAAAUUUCCCGGUUUCUAGAUUAAGUGUGGCCAAGCUUGACCUCUAAAAUUUAUUUUGAAUUUCUUGUAUAAUUGAGCUCCCACUGGUGUGGCUGUUCAAGAUUUAUUGUAAGGGCACGAUACAAAAAGGAGCAAAAUAAAUUGUAGCAAUACAGAAGUGGGAUGAAUGGGAGCUAUUUAAUAUAGAACUUGAAAUCUCUCUCUCUCUCUCUGUUUUUUUGUUUUUGGUCUCGUUGGGAAGUGCAUUUGCAUAAUUACUUUUGUAUUA